UGUAAACACAACAUAUCAGAAUAAUAUUUACAAGUAUUUGUCAAUUACCACAAGGCACAUUUACAUCUAUACAUUCUUUGCAGGUGUUGGGUAACAAAAAUCUGCACUAAGAAAUAAACAAGACUAUAGGUCAAAACCUAGUAUAUGGCUGGACCGUGUAUGGUCAAUGCGUGAAACUGUGGCCAAUUUGUCACAGGGAUAGUCAGUGAUAGUGUCUAUUAUGUUAAUACCUGGAUAUUAAAUGUUCAUCUGCUAUUUUCUGUAGUGGCCUGAUGUGUAUUGAAGUAGUAUAUCAUAUGACAUGGUUAAGCAACGUUUGAGUCAACAAAAAAGGAUUAUGAAUGCAGUUGUAAGAACAAUACUUUCCACUCAUAUCUUGGGAUGUUUGAAUUGAAGGAGAACUUAUUUUAAUUCUAACUAUUCUAAUUAUAUGUUAACUCCCCUUGCUCUUUCAUAUGUUUCACUGCAGAUGUCUCUCGUUUUUCACUCUGUAUUGAGUGUUUUGUCAUAGUGAUGGGGAUAUUUGGGGUGCUUUACUUGUGGAUACGCCUUUUUUUCCUGCCUCUUUCCUGGUUGAUGAACAUGGAGGGUGCUGUGGAAAUUGUAAAAGAAAACUUAAACAGCAUUUUGGAUGCAAAUUCAGGAGGCUUAUCUCCGCCCAGUUAGUCAAAUCAAGCGCACCUGCAAAGCAGCAGCUCCCCCACAGUAAACUGACAUAACAGCCUACAUGAGUCGCACGUUUUACCUGCAAGACUCGUGUUUUAAUGCUGUUGUUUAUUGUUUGUGAUGUGAAAACGUCAGAGAAAUAAGAAGCUUGUGUCCUGGUAUUUACGCACCGCGGAGCGUCUCUCCGGCUGGCAGCGCUGUCAGCAGCCGGAGAGUGAAUCACCCUGGACGGUAGAGGAGGAGACGCUGCUGGUACGUGUCUGUCUAAACAGGAGUUUAACCGACUGCUGCAUUUAACAUCGGGUCUGAGAGCGUCAAAGUUUGGAGAAGGAAACUGCUGCUGUCCUCCGCUUCUGUCAUCUCGCGCCGAUUCAUUUCGAAAGAACAACAGCCAAUGAGGAAACGCCUGUACGGCCGGCCGACCAAUGGUAUUGUCCUCUGAUUGGGUGUCUCACUGAAACCUGAAGUGACUUGACUAGCAGGUUUGACAGCGGCACCGGUGUGUUUGUCCACUGUAAGUAACAGCUCCCAAAGAUACUGAAAUGGACAACUGGAGCAGACCAUCCAGGAUCAAUUACAAGCGUUGGAGAAAUGCUGAACUGAGGGGUGAGGUGAAUUUUGUUGGUAACAGUGAUGAGGACCAGGGGACAGACGCUGAGAUCUGCACUAUAGCCACAGCAAGAGUCGACUCACGAGGCAAAGAGUCUGCAUCCACAUCUGGAUCUAAUAAAACUGAAGAAACCUUUACUCUAGAUGAAGCACUGGAGGCCGUUGGCUUUGGAAAGUUCCAGUGGAAAAUCUCUCUCCUCACUGGACUGUCAUGGAUAGGAGACGCCAUGGAGAUGAUGAUUCUCAGCAUCUUGGGCCCCCAGCUGCACUGCGAGUGGAGACUGCCCAGCUAUAAGGUGGCUCUGAUAACAUCGGUGGUGUUUGUCGGGACAGGGAUUAGUUCACCUGUAUGGGGGAAUGUGUCCGACAAGUACGGCAGAAAAGUAGGGCUGACAUUUUGUAUGUGCUGGACUCUGUACUACGGCCUGCUGAGUGCCUUUGCUCCAGUGUACGGUUGGCUCUUGGUCCUGCGGGGCCUCGUAGGCUUCGGCAUCGGAGGAGCUCCUCAGUCGGUAACACUGUACUCAGAAUUCCUUCCAGUGAAGGCGAGAGGCACCUGCAUCAUGCUGAUUGCGGCAUUCUGGGCCAUUGGUGCUGUGUUUGAGGUCCUCCUGGCCCUGUUGGUAAUGCCCACUCUCGGCUGGCGGUGGCUGCUUGGCCUGUCCACGAUACCAAUGGCAAUCUUUGUUUGCUUCUGCUCUUGGCUGCCUGAAAGUCCUCGUUUUGACGUGCUGGCGGGAAAAAAAGAAAAUGCCAUGGCAACUUUAACACGCAUCGCCAAAGAGAACGGCAAGGCCCUGCCUCCAGGGAAGGUGACCGUCUAUAAACAGGGUUACCGUGGACGGAUCAAAGACCUCUUCACACCUCAGUAUCGGAGUACUACUCUUCUCCUGUGGUUUAUAUGGUUUGCAAAUGCCUUCUCCUAUUACGGAAUAGUCCUGUUGACAACUGAGCUGUUCCAAAGUGGAGAUUCAUGUGGGACGACCCAAGGGGCCAAGCUUGAACCGAACUGUAGUCUGGAAUGCAAAUAUUUGACAUCAGCUGACUACAAAGACCUUUUAUGGACGACCUUGGCUGAAUUCCCAGGUCUUUUAAUUAUCCUGGCAGUUGACCGUAUUGGCAGGAAGAAAAGCAUGGCACUGUGUUUCUUUAUGUUUUCUUUGUUCAUUCUGCUCUUAUAUGCUUGUACUGGGAGGAUCGCUCUUGCAAUCUUAAUCUUUAUUGCUAGAGCCUUCAUCUCUGGAGGAUUUCAAGUUGCUUUUGUUUACACACCAGAGGUGUACCCCACAGAAACCAGAGCCUUAGGAAUGGGGACGUCUAGUGCGAUGGCAAGGUUGGGUUCCCUGAUAACUCCCUUUGUGGCACAGGUGAUGCUCAGGACAUCAGUGUAUUUGACCCUGUCAGUGUACUGUGGCUGCAGUCUGCUGGCUGGCAUUGCAUCCUUGAUCCUGCCUAUUGAGACGUCAGGCAGGAGUCUGCAGGAGUCCAAUCUUGACCAUGAGGCCGGACCACCAACACAACCAACCAGUUAAAUGGUACAACAGACUCCUUACACCAGCUGUAGACCAGCGACCAGGAAGGAUGGAAAACAUGUAAAAGACACCUCCCAAGCUGCUGCAGACGCCACAGUUGUCUGUUAAAUGAUGGACUGAAUGAUCUGAGCGAUGAUGGGUGAAGAACAGCAGGGGACGAUCUCAUUACAGGCGGGUGAUAAUUAAGUGCCUACUGCCCAUGUCUAAUGAGAACGGAAGCACACUUGUGCCUGGACUGGUGUCCCUCUGUUUUGGUUUGUUUACCCCUCUCUUCCAUUUAGGCCAUGGUAAGCGGCAGGGGGACAUUUUGAAAAAUUAUGAUAAACUGUGCAUACAGUUUAAGACUUGUAUUUAAAAGACUUGAACAUUUAUUUUUUACAUUUUGGAUAAAAAUGACCUCUUGUAUAUAUUUAUAUGUGAAGCCACGUGCCUUUUGCCAAUUAAAGUCAU